AUGACUAGAUUGUUAGUAUUACCAUUUAAGCAAUUGAGGUUAGCGAACUUUGUUUCAAGACCUUUAAUUGCUAGAAGCAGCUAUUUCAUCCAACCCUCCUUGUUUGGUGUUAGAUCCUUAGUCAGCGAAGCCGCAGCAUCCAAGACAAAGACAAAGACAAAUACACAGCAAAAGACAAAGAAACUGACUUCUUCUUCUAAGAAGUCGAGCGAAAAGGCAAAUUUGAAGAAGAAACUCAAGGCGGCAAAAACCAAAGAACUGAAGCUUGCUAAACAACUCAAGGCCAAGCAAGCUAAAGUCAAGGCAAUUUCUGCAAAGAGAGAAAAAGCCUUAUUGGAGAAAGCUCUCAGAAAUCCUCCAGGAUGCCAACCUUUCUCCCUUUUUGCAAAGCAAACCAAAAUGAGAGUCGAUAAAGCUUACAAGGAGUACACGGCUUUGCCCGAAGAUGUAAAGGCUAAAUACGUCAAGGCCGCUAACGAUUAUAACGCUAAAAUAGCUUCAAUGUUGACACCAAAACCAGACCUCAAGCCAAGCGCCAUCUACAACAAUUUCGUUCAGCAGACUAUUGACAAAAAUCAACCUGCAAAUGACAGAUUUAAGGCAGUUGCAUUGAAAUGGAAAUCGUUGACUGAUGAAGAAAAAGAAAAGUAUUCAAUUCCCCAAGAACAAAAAGAUGCAAUAAAGGAGAGCAAGAAGAAAUGGCAAGAAGCUAGAAUUAAAGAUUAUUUAGCGAUUCAGGAAUUCAAAAAGAAUUUCAAAGUAAAUAUCAAUUAG